UCCGCCAUCUUGUUGUAGGUUGUGAGCUGAAGCUGUUCGCGUGCUUUUAUUAUGUUUAUUGUGCGUGUGAAUGUUUUAAAUAUAAGUUGGUGAAUUUGUAACGGACAGGUUUUUACAUAUUUUCAGUUACCAUAAUUGAAAAUAAAUAAUACAAAUUAUGGAUUAAGUUAAAUAUUGAAAUCCUAUAUGGUUGGUGCUACAUUUGAGAUCUCUAAUGAAGUACUCUUUAUUUAUUUGUGAGCUGACUACAAAGAAAUGAACAACAACAACAAAUAUGAUGGCUCUCAGUCAGCCGGAUCUUCACAUACAACACCAGCUACUAAUGGCUCUAGAAAUGUUACAAAUAAUAAAAAACCAGAUACAUGUAGAGAUUACAUGUGGGGAAAAUGUACUAAAGGUAGUUCCUGUAGAUUUAGACAUGAAUUAGACAUUGAGAAAUUAAAAAAAACUGUAAAGUUCUGUCAUGACUAUCAAAACAGAGCGCCAUGUACCAGGGAAGUUUGUACAUUUAUCCAUGCAACAAAGGAUGAAGAGACAUUAUUUUUAACUACAGGUAAACUGCCUAAGGUUCUAGCAGAGAGACACGCUAAUAUGUCUAUGUCUUCAGCUGAAACAAUACCACAGAUAGCUAAUUAUAUACAAGAGUCUUUAGCUGGACCACCGCCACCACCACCACCUCCACAACCAGCACCACAGUCAUCUUCUGUCAAUGGACCCCAACUUACGUAUAAUAUGGGACAUAUGGCUCCACCAAUGCAGCCAGGUAUGGGUAUGGGCUCUAUGCACAUGGGACCGAUAAAUAUGGGGCCAAUACCACCACAAAUGAUGUCAAUGCCAGUUGCUCCACCACCUCCAGCAAUUCAAAUGCAUCAUUUACCUCCUCCUCCACCUCCACCUCCAACUCAGAGCUCUACAAGCUCUUCACUGUCAACACCUCCAGUGUAUACAGCACCUCCACCACCAACUAUGAGGGUUUCACUUAAUCAAGAGCUACCACAACCUCCAACUCCUAAACUCAAUAUGGACAGGUUUGAUCCUAGUAAGCCACCUCCACCAUUCAUACCAAAUACAAGUUUAAAGCGUCCUACCGUUAGUGAUAAUAUGAAAGCCGGUCCCAGCAAAAUCAGAAAGGAAGAGGAAGCCAUAGUCGAUGACGCGGCGUGCGAUUCGUGUCGAGAGCGACAAAUAAGGAUCGACGUUUAUCAAAAAGAAUCAGAUAAGUUGUUUGCUCGUGUUGAAUAUCAAAAAUUAAUGCACAAAAAGAAAUAUGAGGAAUUCCAACGUAAAGAGGAGAUUUUAAAAAUAUUAUUAAACCCUGAAAUAUAUAAAAUUAUUGAGGAUUUAUUAUUGAAUGAGGAUGGCUCGCAAGUACAAGAAUCUGAUAAUCAGAACGCUAUUGGCGAUUUAACACCUCCAAGAACCGUAGAAUCUCUAAGUACAUUGAUGACUAGGCCUAAUGUAAAUAAUUCAAUUCAAAAUUCUUUAUUAUUUGCGGAACAUUUACGUGACGGUAACAAAAAAAGGGAUGACCAACCUGAAUAUAACCGUAAUAACACAUACUAUGAAGGAUCACAAGCAUCAUAUAGCCAAAGCGUAUCGGUUCCUACAACAAGCAAAACUCAAAGUUCGAAUCUUAGUAAAAAUGUUUCGACGACAGCUUCGCCUUCCUACUUCUAUUAUAAUAUGCCGCCGCCUAUAACAAGAUCGUUCAUGACGCCAUCGACUUCUAUGGCUCCAGCUGCAGGUACAUCACUGAUGGCAUACCAGCAUAAUGGAAUGCAGGGACCUUCACAGGCUAUGACAAAGCCAUCAACAUCUGCUCCUCCUCCACCAUCCAAGCCAAACAAUCAAACAAAUCAAAAAUCCGAUCCAUAUUCUCCGCCGACGUCUUAUUAUAAUUCUUAUCAAUAGCAUUGGGAUAAUGUUGCUUGCAUGGUGGGCGGGAGCUAGCGUUGAUGACAGGUGUAAAUAUGUAUGUAAACGGUAAUUUAAGAUUAAGUUGACGAAGAAGAAGAUAACUGAAUUUGACAUAUGUUUCAAUGUGAUACAAUCUGAUUUCUUAAAAGACUAUGAGUUUGUUGACGUGUACAGUACGGAUAUUAUCGACAUAAACACUUUUUACUCUAUCAAAAUCCAUACUGUAUUAAAAUGAUAAUAUAUUAUAGUUUUUAAUAGUAUUUGGACAAAUAAAUUAUCUUUAUAUUAUGAUA